AUGUUGCUCAUCCACCUAGUGAGCAGGAACCUGUGUUACGUGGCCUGUGACAGGGCAGGCAGCAACAAGUAUCUGAGGAGGAAACCGAUCGGCCGGCUCUUCGACGGCACGGAGCCCAUCGUCCUCGACAGCCUCAAGCAGCAUUAUUUCAUCGACAGAGAUGGGCAGAUGUUCAGAUACAUCUUGAAUUUCUUAAGGACGUCCAAACUCCUCAUUCCUGAUGAUUUCAAGGACUACAGUUUGCUAUACGAAGAAGCUAAGUACUUCCAGCUUCAGCCCAUGCUAGGGGAGAUGGAGCGGUGGAAACAGGACCGGGAGAGUGGCCGCUUCUCCAAGUCGUGCGAGUGCCUGGUGGUGCGGGUCGCCCCUGACCUGGGCGAGAGGAUCACCCUGAGCGGUGACAAGUCCCUGAUCGAGGAGGUGUUCCCGGAGAUCGGGGACGUGAUGUGCAACUCGGUCAACGCCGGCUGGAACCACGACUCCACGCACGUCAUCCGCUUCCCGCUCAACGGCUACUGCCACCUCAACUCCGUGCAGGUUCUUGAGAGGUUACAGCAAAGAGGGUUUGAGAUUGUUGGCUCCUGUGGAGGCGGGGUGGACUCUUCCCAAUUCAGUGAAUAUGUACUGAGGCGAGAACUCAGAAGGACAUCUCGCGCCCCCUCCGUCAUUCGGAUAAAGCAAGAGCCUCUGGACUGAACUGGACACUUUUCUUUAUGCAAAAAAAGAGAGAGAGAGAGAGAGAGAAAAUUCCACACAAAACAAA